AUGUCGGAAAUCAAUGAUAAUAUUUCUUCAAAUGAAACUUAUGAACAAGAAUUUUCAGCCUCUAAACCAAAUACUGCCCCAAUUCCUAUACAAUAUGAUAAUUCUACUUCGAUUGGAUCAAUUUCAUCAAUACUUAAAGAUCAAUUACCUUCCACCACUUCUGUAGUUAGCAAUUGGGCACCUUCUUCUUUUGGUUCUAUAACUACUAUCGAUCAAUUUUUUAUUAAUCCUAAAAGAUCUUCUAGUUCUAGUAUAAAUUGGCUUGGUAUGGCGAGCGGAAGUAGUAUUUAUUCCCCGGAUCCAGUUGUUCAAGGUGCGAAUUUGAAGGAAAAAGUCAAAAAAGCUUGUGUAGACUUGGAAACAUAUAUUCGUCAAUUAUAUAAUGAUUCUUCUCUCGGAUUAUAUCAUAUGAGUGAACAUAUUCGUAAAAGAGUACCGCAAAUUGUGGACGAAAAGGUUGAAAUUACAAUAGAAGAUAUGAAAGAUUCUUGUGAAAUGGUAGAAUCUAUGCCAAAAAUUCCUUGCUUUAAUAAUAUUAAUGAAAUGCUAAAGAGCACGUUAGCAAUUGUUGAAGCUGCUAAAAUUAAAGAAAAGAAAACAUAA